AUGGUAUUUUCUCUUCGAGUAGUAUUGGAUGAAGACAACAAGAAGCAAGACCACUACAUUCCUACGGUGGUCUCGGUCAAAUCAAAGACGACCUUUGGACCUACAGAAGUGUCAAAGGCAUUGGAGGUGAUGGAGGUGAAAACCGCUCCCACCAAUAAUGACGGUGGGCAUGUUAGCUCUGCGGCGAAAUCUUGCUGGAAGAAGGGUGGUCUUUGUCUUCUUGUGCUUCUUGGAAAAGAAUCUCAAUCCAAGUGUAGUAACGAUCACGAGCUGGAUACGCAAGGGAUUGCGGAUAUUACAAAGGAGCUUGAGGACCAAAAGGUUGUUUUGCGGAUGUUUCAGGUCCCGCUAAAAGAUUCUUUUUGGAUAACUGAAGCUUUCCAAGGAGUUGUGUCACUCGAAGAAAAGUCGGAAGUUUUGGCCUCGCAGAGCUUUGUCGGCUUUCACUAG